AUGGAGCCCACUAUAACCGGCGAGCCUACCGCCGCAUCCCCCACCGAGGUUGAACAAUCCACGGCUAGCGACAGCAAACCUCUCAACGACUACCGCGCCCUCCUCGCCGACUCUCCGCAGCGGUCCAAUUCCAUCCAAAAUACCUCAUCCUCGAACCCCGCUCGCUCCGCUUCGACCUCGUCCGCGACCGGUCUAAACCCGCGCUCAUGUGUGACUUGCCGGCGAAGAAAAGUACGAUGCAAUAAAGAGAACCCGUGCGCCAACUGCGUGCGCGCAGGAAUAGAAUGUGUGUUUCCUGGGCCGGGGCGCGCACCCCGCAAGUCGAGAAAGCCGCCAGAUGCCGAACUCCUCGCGCGGUUAAAGCGUCUCGAGGGUGUCGUCACAAGUUUGGGUGUCGAAGUGGGCGGCGACGGUUUGAUCCGUGACAAGCCAACGACAGACAACGCAGAGCAGAAUGGCAAACAAGAUCCCGAGCAACUGGAGAGACGGUUGGAGCAAGAAAAGAGACACAGCAUCGACAAGCAUCUCGGCCGCUUGGUCAUCAGUGACGACCGGAGUCGCUAUGUCUCGAAUCAAUUCUGGGCCAGUAUGGGUGACGAGAUUGCAGAAAUGAGGGAUCUACUCGACGCCCCAUCCUCCGCAGACGAUAGCGAGGUCUAUGAUGACCAGAGCUCCCCCUCGACCGAUCGCUAUGCUUCCCACCAGGGCUUCAUCUUUGGUUUCUCCUCGCUGAAAGUCGACCUGAAAUCGCUACAUCCGUCACCUUCUCAGAUCUUCAUCUUGUGGGAAGUCUACAAAGAGAAUGUUGAUCCCAUAGUCAAGCUCAUUCAUCGCCCAACAGCCCGUAACAUUCUCCUCAAUGCUGCCAGCAGCACCGACAAGAUCACACGUCCCGCUGAAGCACUCCUCUUCAGCAUUUACUACGGCGCCGUCACAUCCCUCACGCAAGAGCAGUGUCGGAAGCUCCUCGAUGAAGACCGCGUUGACCUCCUCAAAAAGUACCGCUUCGCCACCGAGCAGGCCCUGGCACGUGCCGACUUCCUCAACAGUAGCUCACUGAUGUGUCUACAAGCAUUUGUGGGCUAUCUCGUCUUCGUCCGCAACAUGGACGACUCCCGCCUCGUUUGGGCACUCGGUGGGCUCGCCAUCCACAUCUCCCAAGCUCUCGGCAUCCACCGCGACGGGACCCAUUUCGGACUUCCCCCGUUUGAUACCGAGAUGCGCCGCCGUCUCUGGUGGCACAUUUCCAUUCUCGACAACCGCAGCAGCGAAGAUCACGGCACCGACCCGACCUUCACCGAGCAGUUCUACGACACCAAACUACCGCUCAACGUCAACGAUGAAGAUAUCUGGCCCGGCAUGGUGGAGCCGCCCACAGAGCGCCAGGGAGCCACCGAAAUGACCUUCUGCCUGAUUCGCUUCGAGCUCAGUGUCUUCAAUCGUCGCCUGAACGUGACGUCGCCAGGCGUCGGGGACCUGCGUCAACGCCCCGGCAUGGAGGCAUGUAGUCUGCGCGACCAGACGCUGCAAGAGAAAGAAGACAUGAUCGACCGCUGUCACCGACGCAUCGAGGAGAAAUACCUUCGACACUGCGACAUGGGUCUGCCCAUCCUCUGGGUCUCGGCCACAGUCGCGCGCCUGAUCCUCGCAAAGAUGUGGCUCAUGGUGCACCACCCGCGCUCCUACUUCAACGACGGCGACGCACCCCCGCCCGAAGUCAAAGAUCGCCUCUUCAUCACUUCCAUCGAGGUCAUCGAGUUCUCGUACCUGCUCGAGCGCAACGAAAAUACCGCCAAGUGGGGCUGGCUCUUCCGCACCUACAUGCAGUGGCAGAGCGUGGCCUUUGUGCUCUCGGAAAUCUGCGCUCGCCCGUGGGGCCCCGAGGUCGAGCGCGGCUGGCGCGCCGUCGAGUCCGUCUACAACGUGCGCUUCAUCCAACAAGGCGUCAACCACAAGGGCAUGCUGUGGAAACCCAUGCGCCACCUGUGGCGGCGCGCCCAGGCCGUGCGCCAGCGCUACAUCCUAUCGCAGGGCGGCAAUCCCGCCGCCACCACAGGCGUGCAGAGUAUCGGCCAAGCGGGCGCUGUGCAGGGCGACAUGACGUCCGGUCGCUGGGAUCUGUCGUCGCCCAGCAACGCCAGUGGAAGUGAAGGCCCGCAGCCGCAGCCGUCGCAGCCGCCGAUAGGCACCGACUGGAACGGCCAAGCGGACCCCGAUCCCUGGACGGCCGGCUGGAUCAUGUCGGCGGACAACAUCAUGGGCGCGAACGCGCAGGCGUUGGGAUUGGAUCUCCGGGACGUCAUGACGCCCGGUAGCCACAGCCAGAGUUCCGGCGCGAGGAGUCGCGGCCAGACGGCGCAGCCUUCUGCUGGUGCUAGUGCUGGUGGGGCGAGCGGCGGCGGAGGAACAAUGGCCACGCCGACUAGCGCGCCCAUGUCGGGUUUUGGUGCCGCGACGACUGCGAUGAGAGGUGUGCCGAACGCGCAUGUGAGUGGCGGCGCGCUGAAGCAGGAUAGUCCGAACUUGGAUAUCGACAUGUCGUCGUUUGGCGGCAUGGCGAAUAAUAACAGUAGCAACAAUGGAGUGGACAAUGGCGGACUUGGAGGAGGAGGAGGGCAGAUGGAGCUCAGCCAGGAUUUCCUGGAUUGGGGCGGUUGGAACCCCGGCGUGGGGGAUUUUUCGGUCGGGCUGGUGGGACCGAAUGGGAUGACGAAUUUGGGCGAUGAUGCCGCUAUCCGCGGGUUGAUGGAUAUGCAGCAGGAGUGGUUUUAG